CUCCCCACACCCCGGGCCCCCAGCGGCCACAGAGGCAGCGGCCAGGGGUGGAUACGGUGGAGGGAAGGCGGGCUCUCGAGAGGCGGUGCUUCCGGGUCGGAGAGCGUGCAAGAUGGCUGCGCCCAUGGAGCUCUUCUGCUGGGCUGGGGGCUGGGGGCUGCCGUCUGUGGACCUGGACAGUCUGGCUGUGCUGACCUAUGUCAGAUUUACAGCCGCACCACUGAAAAUACACAAGAUCAGCAAUCCUUGGCAGAGCCCUUCAGGAACUCUGCCUGCCCUUCGAACCAGCACUGGAGAGGUGAUCUCAGUAGCACAGAAGAUCAUCACCCAUCUUCGUAAAGAGAAGUAUAACGCUGAUUAUGAUCUGUCAGCUCGGCAAGGAGCAGAUACCCUAGCCUUCAUGUCUCUGCUGGAAGAGAAACUACUCCCUGUGCUAAUACAUACUUUUUGGAUAGAUGCCAAGAACUAUGUGGAAGUAACCCGGAAGUGGUAUGCAGAGGCUAUGCCCUUUCCCCUCAACUUCUUCCUGCCUGGCCGCAUGCAACGCCGGUACAUGGAGCGGCUACAGCUGCUGUGUGGCGAGCACAAAUCAGAGAGUGAGGAAGAACUAGAGAAAGAGUUGUAUCAAGAGGCUCGGGAGUGCCUAACCCUUCUCUCUCAGCGCCUGGGUUCUCAGAAGUUCUUCUUUGGCAAUGCCCCUGCCUCCCUGGAUGCCUUUGUUUUUAGCCAUUUGGUCCUGCUGCUGCAGGCAAAGCUGCCCAGUGGGAAGCUGCAGGCCCACCUUCGUGGGCUGCACAACCUCUGUGUCUACUGUACCCACAUCCUUAACCUCUACUUUCCCCGGGAUGGAGCUGAGGUGCCACCUCCACAGCCGACACCAGCAGGCCCUGAGACUGACGAGGAGCCGUACCGGCGACGGAACCAGAUUCUGUCUGUGCUGGCAGGGCUAGCAGCCAUGGUGGGCUAUGCCUUGCUCAGUGGCAUUGUUUCUAUCCACCGGGCAACCCCCACUCGGACCCCAAGCACCCGGGCCUUGGGCAUGACUGAGGAGGAUGAAGAAGAAUGAUGUAUUCGUGCUCUUAGGACUGAUACUGUCAUGCAUUCCAGAUGCCCCUUUGUCUCCCCAUUGUUGGAGCAGCCAAAAAUGGGGUGCUAUCCCUAGAAUAAAACUAUUUACACUGAGA